AUGCCGAUACAACUUCCUCAAGAGCUAAUCUCUGCAAUACUUUCCCGACUGCCGGUGAAGGCUUUAGUGCGCUUCCGGUGCGUUUCCAAGACAUGGUUGGCCCUAAUCAAAGACCCAACUUUCAUCAACCUCCAUCUCCACAACAGCAGAGAAUGCAAUCUCAUUGUGCAGACAUCGAACGUUGAUCAGAAUGAUCUGCAGCUUAAUUUCGAAUACUACUUGGUACCGGUAAACUUCUCGGAGGAUCAGCCGGUGAAGGUCUUGCCGCCAAUCUAUUGUCCAGAAUAUUUAUUCUCUUUAUGCGGAAUCAUAGGCAGUUGCAAUGGCUUGGUUUGCUUCCGCACUUAUGAUAAACAGUUAAUUGUGAUUUGGAACCCAUCAAUCAGAAAAUACAAGAAAUUACCCUUUGAGCCAGUUAAAUUUGAGUACCCUACAGAAAAUUUUGCAUUCGGGUAUGACUCCGUCAACAACGAUUACAAGGUUUUAAAGAUUAUGGAAUUCGGUCGCAUGUUUUUCGAAGUUCAUGUAUAUAGUCUUAAAGCACAUUCUUGGAGACUAGUAGAAGACAAAUGGCCUUUCAAGGGCUUGAGGAUUUGUUCUAAGCCGAUUUAUUUUAAUGGUACUUUGCUUUGGUUGGUUAAGAAUUGGACAGAUCGGAUCCGCCUUCUAGCAUUCCGUCUCACCACCGAGAAAUUCGAAGAGCAAACGCUUCCGGUUGAACCCCGGGCGAUUGAAACUUUGGAUGUUUUGGAGGGAUCGAUAUGUGUUUCCGCAUAUAGGCCCGAUGCCCAAUGCAUUGACUUUUGGAUAAUGAAGGAGACUAAUUGGACUCAGCUUUGUACUCUGCCUGUUCCUCUGACUUUGCUACACACUUUCCUCCCCCGUCUGAUGAUGAUGGGGAUAGAGAUGACGUGGCGAGUAGUGUUCUCAACCGACGACGGCGAAAAGGUUCUGAUGGAAAUGGUUUACAACAAUAAUAAGAAUUACUUUUGGUAUGAUAUAAAGAAGAAGACACACAGUAAUGCCCUCACACAUAUUGGCAAAAUGACUUGGAUAGAGACUUGUGUCGGAAGCCUCUUUAUCCUCGAUGGUGAUAGUGUUUGA